AUGGCUGCCUUUGGGAUACUGUUGUCCGCUGUCCUGGUACUUGGCGGCGUACUACUACGGAACUAUGUCUCACUGAAUACAGUCCGGGGACCAUUGCUUGCAGGAAUAUCCAACCUCUGGAGAGAGUUUCUUCAAAGUGCGCCUGAAUACGGGCGUCGUCUCGAGUCUCUUCACCGAAAAUAUGGUCAGGUGGUUCGUGUCGGGCCGAAUACGGUCAGCGUCUCUGAUCCUUCUCUCGUCGCUUGGAUUGAUCUUUCGGAUCGAGGGACGGUGAAUACGUCCUUCGGCAAUGACAUAGGCACAGCAACAGAGUCAUCUGUCGAUCCUCAACAGUAUGCAUCGCCGCAUGAACAACGCAUUGAGCAGUUGACAAGCACAUUUCUGAGAGCUGUUCGCAAACAACGAACCAUUAACUUGGCAGUUUUUAAGUUGUUCGCAGCAGACAUCGUCCAGCAUAUGUGCUCGAAUGAUAUCAUCCAGCCACGAGCCAGCCAGGUACCUUUCGCUACGGACCCAUUCAUACCUACAGAGAGUUCCUACGUAUCAUCCUUUCUCAAUAGUCUCUUGCUCAAAUGCCCAAUCGCCAUGCUGAAGCACAAACGAAAUGGCUGUUUACCGAUCUGCGGAUUCGUCCCCGAGUCUGUCAAAAGACCAAAUGCAUAUCAGCCGGUAGCUGGCGAGUAUCAAAGGUCAGGAAAUGUGUCACUUGUUGCAAUUGGAGUCGAGUGUAUGGAGGCCACAUUCGCUUCAGUAUUUUAUUUCCUUUCCACACAUCCUGCAACACUGUCUCGAAUUAAGCGUGAGAUAGAUACCAUAUUCAGCAUGGCGUCUUUUUCUGAAGUACUACAUCAGACCAAGUCCUAUGCCCUACCAUAUGUCGAAGCCGUGAUGAAAGAGACGUUGCGCCAUGUGAUGAUAUUUGACUACCAACACCAGGUUCCACCCGGGGGUGUCAUGGUUGGAGAAUAUGACCUUCCGCAAGGGACUGUCAUUCAAUAUCAUGCGGAUACUAUCCGUCACAACAGCACGACCUAUGGAGAAGACUCCGCACUGUUUCGUCCUGAGCGGUGGCUUCUUGCUGAUACAACAGAGCGGAAACGGAUGGAAGAAGGGUUAAUCCCACUUCGUAUUUGCUUCAGAAAUGAUUCACAAACGAGGGCUGCCUGGCGGUCCCUGAAAAUGAUCAUUGCUUUGGUAAUUUCAAAGUUUGAUGUAACUGCCUAUUAUCUAUAUUGUGAGGUCUUGAGCUGA